AUGAGCUGGGGCGGCAGCGGUGAAGGGUGGAGUUGGGCUCCCUUCGAUGAAGGUCCCAGUACUUCCAGGCAGCAGAACCAGCCUCAAGGGCACUAUGGACUUACCUCUCCAAUUAGCUUGGCUCCUCCUAGUGACAAAGACCACAUCCAUACUCAGAAGCUGAUUGAGGCAAUGAAGCCAUUUGGGGUGUUUGAGGACCAGGAAGAACUCUAUCACAGGACAACUGUUCUUGGAAAGCUGAAUAACUUUGUCAGAGAAUGGAUUUCAGAGCUUGCUGAAAGCAAGAAUCUUCCCCCUUCAAUAACAGAACAAGUUGGUGGCAAAAUAUUUACAUUUGGCUCCUACAGACUUGGAGUACACACCAAAGGUUCAGACAUCGAUGCCCUUUGUGUUGCUCCCAGUCACGUGGAAAGAUCAGAUUUUUUUCAGUCAUUCUUUGAAAAGCUGAAGAAUCAAGAGGAAGUAAAAAACCUGAGAGCCAUUGAGGAUGCAUAUGUACCUGUUAUCAAAUUUGAAUUUGAUGGCAUUGAGAUUGACCUUGUGUUUGCAAAGCUCUCUUUGCCAACGGUUUCUGACGAUCUCGAUCUCAGGGAUGACUCGUGCCUCAAGAGCCUGGAUAUAAGAUGCAUCCGGAGCCUGAAUGGCAGCAGGGUCACAGAUGAAAUUCUGCGCCUGGUGCCCAACCUGGAGAACUUCCGCCUCACGCUCCGUGCAGUUAAACUGUGGGCAAAACGACGUGGUGUUUACUCCAACAUCAUGGGAUUUCUUGGUGGAGUCUCCUGGGCCAUGCUGGUAGCAAGAAUAUGUCAACUCUACCCAAAUGCUUUGGCCUCUACUCUCGUUAACAAGUUCUUCUUGAUUUUUUCAAAAUGGGAUUGGCCAAAGCCAGUAUUGCUGAAACGACUUGAAGAGAGCUUUCUUAAUUUACCAGUCUGGGACCCCAGGGUGAACCCCUCAGACCGGUACCACGUGAUGCCCAUCAUCACCCCGGCCUAUCCACAGCAGAACUCCACCUACAACGUGUCCGUGUCAACACGAGCAGUCAUGGUGGAGGAGUUCCAGCGUGGUCUUGAAGUUACAGAUGAGAUUCUCAAAGGAAAAUCAGACUGGUCAAAGCUCUUUGAACCACUGAACUUCUUUCAGAAGUACAAACAUUACAUUGUGCUGACUGCCAGUGCCUUUACAGAAGAGCAUCACCUAAACUGGAUUGGCCUCGUGGAGUCCAAAAUCCGUGUGCUGGUUGGAAACUUGGAAAGGAAUGAAUUUAUAACUAUUGCACACGUGCAGCCACAGUCUUUCCCUGGCAAUGAAGUUCUCUAUAAACAGAGUGGAUAUGUAUCAAUGUGGUUUCUUGGGCUUGUGUUUAAGAAAGCAGAAAGUGCAGUAAAGACUAACGUUGAUCUAACACAUGGGAUACAGUCAUUCACAGACACAGUUUACAGGCAGGCCAGUGCCCUCAACAUCCUAAAGGAAGGUAUGAAGAUUGAGGCAACUUAUGUGAAGAGAAAGCAACUCCAUUAUUUUUUGCCAGCAGGAACCUUACAGAAAAGAAAGAAGCAAAGGGUGUCAGAUAUUAGUCAAAAUAAUAGUGGACUUCAGUGCAAAAGGUCUUCUUUAGGUGAAAGCUGUUCGGAUGGUUCCAAAGACAGAGAUUCCAGAACACCCUCUAAUUCCUCUUCGUUAAAUAAGAUAUCUAAGUUGGACAUCUCUACAGCAGAGACAGAAAGAAAUGUUGAAUGUCAGAGUUGUAGUGGUGCCAACAGUGUAGCUGAGCCAUCCACGUCUAAGGGACUUUGCAUUCCUGUGACUGACCCAAAAAUGGAGGCUACAGUUGCACUAAGAACAUCGGGACCUCCCAUUGGUUGCACCAUUCCAGGAUAUAACACGGUUUGUCAACUCAGAGCGUGUUUUGUGCAAGAGCAGCAUAAAUUAAGUGGGACUCUAAUCACGGAUCCUAGGAGUGCUUCACCUAAGCAGCAUUAUUCACCAAGCUCUAAAGUAUCUCGUCCACCAACAGCAGGAGAAUGCCCCCAAAAAGCCAUAGAUGGAGAAAAGCUAAACGUGUGGGACUCGGAUUUCACAGAAAGUGGAUACCCUCAAGAUGGGAGGAAGAGAGCUACAAAAAAUGGUGUCCUUGAUGGAAAAUCCAUGCAGAUUCCAGUGAUCACAUCAAGAUCACAGAGGCUUCCCAGUAAAGAACUGCCAGAUUCUUCAUCUCCUGUUCCAACAAAUAGCAUUCGUAUUAUUAAAAGAUCCAUCAAACUUACCCUUAAUGGGGUUUUAAGAAGAAUGUUCAGGGUUUUGAGAAGAGCAUUCAGGAAGAAUUUAGGUUACUAG